GUCGUUUUGUAUGUAUAAGUAUUCCGCCACAAAACAACAAUAUCUGUCUCAUUGACAUAACACAGCGUUCGUAUCGGUUUACAAGUGUCGGCUUUUGUUGGAGAAUAAGAGGCGAAAGAACAUUGCUUUGGAAUGUCGUAUUAUAUCGCUCGCUAUGCCUGUUAUGUUUUAUCUGGAUUAGUAUACCAUACAAUACAGUUUGUAGGUGAAACGUAUGUGCUUAUACUGCUGUUAAGUGAGAUUUUGCGCGCAUUUAUAUGAUAUGGAAGAAAAAUCGAAGAGUUUGGCGAGCGCAGAUCAUCGCCGUAUAUAUAAGGAAUUGAAAGAUUCGGAAUCCAAUCUGCUUGAAUUAUACAAACAAUCACGUGAUGCAACAUUUAAGUUUAAAUCUUCGUUUAACGAAGUCCGGAAAGUUGAAAACGAGACCGAACUUCUACGUCAGCGAUAUUAUCAAAUGCUGGAGAAAGAAUGUUUCAGUGAGGUACACAGAGAUGCAUAUUUCAACAACGAGAAGUUACUUGCCGAUAUAAAAGACAUGUAUAUUUCUGAUUCACAAAAGUUGGCUCAUGGGCAUUCAAUGUACAUCGCAUACAACAAUAACUACAGUGAGAAGCGUGAGGAAUAUAUCCAUUCUAUGUUAGAAGACGUGGAUAAAUAUUACGCGUCUUGUCAGAUGUUUAAAGCUGAGAGAGAUGAAUUUAAAGCUGAAGCCACAAAACUUACAAAUGAGGUAGAAAAAGCCACAGAAACAAUUUCUACCUUGAUUGAAAAGAAGGAGAAGUUGUUGGAGACUUCAAAUAAUCUGAGGAAGGAAUGUGAUGAAAGAUUGGAGUGGGGAACAGAGCUUAGAAAUGAAAGAGACAAACUGCUCGCUCUUGAAGAACAAAUGCGACAAAACAUUGAAGGUUUGCAAUCGAAUAUCUCAGAUAUGAAGAAUGAAAUUGGACAUUUUAAAGAGAGGACUCAUAACCUAACAACAGAAGUGGAUGGCUGCAGAGUUGAAGAAAAAAGAUUGAAAUACGACAUCGUUCGACGCCAGAAAGAACAAACAGAACUUCGCAAAUCAAUUGAGGAAUAUGAGAUAAAAACCGCUGAGCUUACAAAGCAGAAGAAUGAUUAUAUUAGCAGAGUAAAUGGAUUAACCAAAGAAGUUGAAAGUUGUCAACUUAAAAUGGAAAAAGUUGAAGAACAAAGAGAUUUGUUCAAAGAAGCUUUUAAACAAGUGAAGAAAGAAAAAGAUGAAAUUCACCAAAACUGUGAGAAAAUUAGGAAAGAGAAAGAAAAAUUUAAAGAUCAAUACCUGGAAAUGCAGAAUGAAAGGGUUUUGGUCGGAAAAGCCAAAGAUAAAAUUCUAUCAAGACAAUUCCGAACGGCAGAACGCAACCAGGAUUUGAGUGAAGCCCACAAAUACUUGAUCAAGGAACUGGAUGAAUUGAGAACUUCCUUCAGAAAAGCUGAGGAACGUGCAAGGAAAGAUUUGAAUAUUAAACAAGAUCUACGAGACACUAUAAAACGCAUGCAACGCGAGCGUGAAGAAGAAAUACGGAAGUUGCAGAAAGUAACGAAAGAUGUUCGGAUUCAAACCGACCCCGAUCUCGCUUGUGAGAAUCGAGACAUCGCAAUUCAACACGCUAAGUUCAAAAUGAACCAAGCCCUUCAAGAAAGAGAUCGCGCGCUCAAGGAGAGCAUAAAGGUUAUAAGUGAGAAGGAGAGAUUAAUUUUGGAGAUAGAUAAAAAAACAAAACUAUUGGAAAAAGCACGAAAAGCUGAAGUCGGCCAUCUUGAAAAAAUUGGAAAAUCUGAAUUAAAAGUCAAAUCUGCAGAAAAACUUUACAAAGCGGCAAAAAAAGAAGCAGAAAGAAGCCAAAUAAGAGCAGUGGCUGACCGGAAGCUGUUGAAAGUCGCAAGUGAUAAAUUGAAAGCCCUGCAUGAAGAAAAGAAAGAUGAGGAAAUAAAGUUGGUAGGAUGUUGCUCCACACAAACGGUGGAUGUGAUAAUAUUAAAUGAAGAUGAAGGAGACACUGUGUAUGCGCAUGCUAAAGCUAUGAGAGAAAAACUGGAUCAUUCUGGUCAGGAGAUACAAAAUCUCAGAAAAGAGAUUGAAAAUGCUGAGAAAGUAAAAACAAACUUCCUGAAAGAGAUCGACCAACUUAAACGAGCAGUUUGCUUUUUGUCCAAGAAGUCGAAAUAUAUUGAACAGUCGUUUAAUAACGAAAGGUCGUACUUGAAAUCUAUUAAACGAGCUGCCACCCCCUCAUUGAAAGAUAGGGACGUUCUACCUUAUGCUGUGGAUAGAGUGAAUGAAUGGAGUUACAACCAAGGAAAUCUACCAAUACAAUCACCACCACAAUCUUCAAGACAGAGUUCUUGGAGAAGAUCAUCUUUAUCUUUGCGUGGAGACCAAAGACCGAAUAGUGCGUUCGGGAAAACAGACGUGUUUUCGGAAUAUGCAUCGAACGCGAUGGCAAAUAUAAGAUCUCUCUCCGCUGUCCCUUCAUCUCUUGGUCUUACAACUUGAAAAGAAUUAAUUGCUUCAACUGCAGCCAUGCUUAGUUGCAAGGAUAAAUUAUAUAGUAGGGUGGGGGAAGAUGGGACACCUUUUAACUCCAUUUUCUCAUCCCGUUUAGUAGAAAACAAAAAACAUUCAAAAUGUCAUAA